GACGUCACGAAACACCAGGAAGCUGCCGAUCUCCGCUCGCGCUCACUGAGAUCCGUGAAUUCGUCUGAUGGACCAAAGGCACUCAGCGCAGCUCGAUACAAGAAGGAAACAAUGCGACCAGUAUGCAAACAGCACGGAUCGUACUGGAAACUUUACACGGCACCAGAGAACUCGCAUAGGAGAGAAACCCUUCAAGUGCACUGUGUGUGAGAAGGCAUUUGCAUGGUCAUCAGUUCUUCAGAGCCACCAGAGAACACACACGGGAGAGAAACCCUUCAAGUGCAGUGUGUGUGAGAAGGCAUUUGCAAAGUCAUCAGUUCUUCAGAGACACCAGAGAACACACACAGGAGAGAAACCCUUCAAGUGCACUAUGUGUGAGAGGGCAUUUACAGAGUCAUCACAUCUUAAAAUACACCAGACAACACACACAGGAGAGAAACCCUUCAAGUGCACUGUGUGCGGGAAGGCGUUUACACGGUCAUCACAUCUUAAAAAACACCAGAGAACGCACACAGGAGAGAAACCCUUUAAGUGCAAUAUGUGUGAGAAGGCAUUUGCACAGUCAUCAAAUCUUCAGAGCCACCAGAGAACACACACAGGAGAAAAACCUUUCAAGUGCACUGUGUGUGGGAGUGCAUUUGCACGGUCAUCAAUUCUUCACGACCACGAGAGAACACACACGGAAGAGAAACCUUUCAAGUGCAGUUUGUGUGGGAAGGUAUUUUCAGGUUCAUCUCCUCUUGUACGACACCAGAGAACACACACAGGAGAGAAACCCUUCAGGUGCCUUUUGUGCGAUAAAGCGUUUGCAAAGUCAUCAGAUCUUCAAAAACACCAAAGAACACACACAGGAGAGAAACCCUUCAAGUGCAGUGUGUGUGAGAGGGCAUUUGCACAGUCAUCAAAUCUUAAAAAACACCAGAGAACACACACAGAAGAGAAACCUUUCAAGUGCACUGUGUGUGAGAAGGCAUUUGCACAGUCAUCAGUUCUUCAGAGCCACCAGAGAACACACACAGGAGAGAAACCCUUCAAGUGCAGUGUGUGUGGGAAGGCAUUUUCAGGUUCAUCUGCUUUUAAAUAUCACAAGAGAACACACACGGGAGCUAACCCCUUCAAGUGCACUCUGUGUGGGAAGGCAUUUGCAUGGUCAUCAGUUCUUCAGAGCCACCUGAGAACACACACGGGAGAGAAACCCUUCAAGUGCAGUGUGUGUGAGAAGGCAUUUGCAAAGUCAUCAGUUCUUCAGAGACACCAGAGAACACACACAGGAGAGAAACCCUUCAAGUGCACUAUGUGUGAGAAGGCCUUUACAGAGUCAUCACAUCUUAAAAAACACCAGACAACACACACAGGAGAGAAACCCUUCAAGUGCAGUGUGUGUGGGAAGGCAUUUUCAAGUUCAUCUGAUCUUAAAAGACACCAAACACCACAUACAGGAGAGAAAUCCUUCAAGUGCACUGUGUGUGGGAAGGCGUUUACACGGUCAUCACAUCUUAAACAACACCAGAGAACGCACACAGGAGAGAAACCCUUCAAGUGCACUGUGUGUGAGAAGGCAUUUGCAAAGUCAUCAAAUCUUCAGAGCCAUCAGAGAACACACACAGGAGAAAAACCUUUCAAGUGCACUGUGUGUGGGAGCGCAUUUACACGGUCAACAAUUCUUCACGACCACGAGAGAACACACACGGAAGAGAAACCUUUCAAGUGCAAUUUGUGUGGGAAGGUAUUUUCAGGUUCAUCUCCUCUUAAACGACACCAGAGAACACACAGGGGAGAGAAACCCUUCAGGUGCCUUUUGUGUGAUAAAGCUUUUGCAAAGUCAUCAGAUCUUCAAAAACACCAAAGAACACACACAGGAGAGAAACCCUUCAAGUGCAGUGUGUGUGAGAAGGCAUUUGCACAGUCAUCAGUUCUUCAGAGUCACCAGAGAACACACACAGGAGAGAAACCCUUCAAGUGCAGUGUGUGUGAGAAGACAUUUGCACAGUCAUCAAAUCUUCAGAGCCACCUGAGAACACACACAGGAGCUAAACCCUUCAAGUGCACUCUGUGCGGGAAGGCGUUUGCACUGUCAUCACAUCUUCAAAGACACCAGAGAACACACACAGGAGAGAAACUAUUCAGGUGCAGUGUGUGUGGGAAGGCAUUUUCAAGUUCAUUUUAUCUUAAAAUACACCAGAGAACACACACAGGAGAGAAACCCUUCAAGUGCAGUGUGUGUGCGAAGGCAUUUGCAAAGUCAUCAGUUCUUCAGAGACACCAGAGAACACACACAGGAGCCAAACCCUUCAAAUGCACUAUGUGUGAGAAGGCAUUUACAGAGUCAUCACAUCUUAAAAAACACCAGAGAAUGCACACAGGAGAGAAACCCUUCAAGUGCAGUGUGUGUGGGAAGGCAUUUUCAAGUUCAUCUGAUCUUAAAAGACACCAGACACCACACACAGUAGAUAAACCCUUCAAGUGCACUCUGUGCGGGAAGGCGUUUGCACAGUCACCACAGCUUUAUAUACACCAGAGGACACACAGGCAUCAGAAGAUCCCCAAGGAGUGUAGUCUGAAAUCGACUUGUGAAAGUCAAAGUGAUUCAAUGAGCCUAUCCCUCCUGAAACAAGAACCAGAAGUAAAUUCCAGCUUGGACACUGUGAAAUGUAUCAAGGUGAAAUUUGAAGAGGCGAAGUUGAAAUGUGAAGAGGUGGCAGUGAAGAGUGAAGAUGUGACGGUAAAAUGUGAAGAUGAAGAUUCAACUCCAAAAUCGGACCUUCACAUCGAUGGAGGCAACAUGAAGCAGGAGGAGAAUUCUGACUGUGAGGCAGAGCGAGGCAACUCCCAGGAGUUUGUGGAAGUGGAGGUGUGGGUGGACUUCUUAGACAAUACAAAGUCAAAUGGAGACCCUGUAGAUGUGUAAGCUUGAGACAAGCUCCAAUAGAUUCACCUUUGUCACAGGCCUUUAAUGAAAGACUGUGAAGCUGAACACUGAAUUCCACGGUUCAAUCUGCAGAUUAAGAGCGGCCAGUAUUUGUGAACCUGUGGGUUUGGUAGAUAUCUACCCAACAACAAGAGCCAAUAAGCUCCCAAUCAUUCUCUAUGUUAUAAUAAUAUUAGCAUUUAUAUGGUGCUUGCUUAAUUGCCUCAGCAACUCGGGAGUUUUAUAUAAUAUAAUAAUCACAAACACUCGGAAGAGCACCCCCAAGUGGCAGCUGGCCAUGUGUGGCAUAAGGUGGCCCUGCACCAGCCUCCAUGUGGGCAUGAGUGUCACGAGGGGGCGAUAAUUGAUGUGUAAUCUACAUUACAUUUCUAGAUAAUAUUUGUAAUUAACCACAUUUUGAGAAUGACACCAACAUGCAAUGACUUGUGCGUAUAGAGAAAGCGCUACCACUUGGCUUCCUUCAAUCUGAGUGUAGGCAUGCCAGCCUGAAUGUUUCUAACGCACGCAAAUGUUCCAUUUAGAGGGGUCCACGUCUCACAUUCCUAUAGAAUGGAGGGCAUGACUGUUGCCGAGAAGACCCGGAGCUUCAUGCGGAGCGAUAGACCAGGUAGCUUCCACACAGCAUUGGGCAGCUGAUGAAAAGAUAAUGCCGCCCGACUGAUUCGGACCACCCAGAGUGUCCACACAUACGCAAUGUAGACAUAUAUUGUGUACACACAAUCUACACACAGUGUACACACAGUCUGCACAUACACAGUGUAUACACAGUAACAAGAACAACCGCCAUUCGUCACUAAGUGGUGGUGAUGUCACCGCGCCGCUUGUGCCAGGCUACGUGCACGUUAAGGCCACGUGAAGUGUCGAACGCCCGCCGGCAGGAGGUCACGGGGCAGACCCAGCAGGUGCCGCGGGUCGACUGACUGAGAUGACUGCCCGAUGCACCACCUGUGCCCUUUCCUGUGCAAACAGAUUACACACACGCACAGUGUACACGCACGCACAGUGUACACACACCAUGUGUACACACACAAUAGUGUUCACGUUGUUGUUGAGCUCAGGCACCCAAGGGGUCAAUAUUCAUGAGAGGGAGCAAUGGAAAAGUAAUCUAAAUAAACUCAAACCCCCGCUCUUGACGUCACAAUUCCGCAAUAUAUCAUCGGUGUGAGACGCCUGAGGGAGAUGUGCCUCGCUAGUGACGUCAUGUCACCAAGGUAUUCGACCCCCCAACCCUCCAGCGCGCUUUUGAGCGUGACAUCACGUCUGGUUGGUCACUGCCGAUUUCCGUUCCAGUAAAAAUCCUUAUUUAAGCAAAGCUACGCUCAUUCACAUUUGGUUCAUUAACAAAAUGUAUUCAUGCAUACCGUCGCGAGUUCAUUGCGAAG